AUGGGGCUGACACUUCCAACCCACUUUUCUGACACCCUCAACAACUUUACUGACACCCUCACCAACUUUACUGACACCCUCACCAACUUUACUGACACCCUCACCAACUUUACUGACACCCUCACCAACUUUACUGACACCCACAGCAACUUAACUGACACCCUCACCAACUUUACUGACACCCUCACCAACUUUACUGACACCCACAGCAACUUAACUGACACCCUCAGCAACUUUAUUGACACCCUCAGCAACUUUAUUGACACCCUCACCAACUUUACUGACACCCUCACUAACUUUACUGACACCCUCAGCAACUUAACUGACACCCUCAGCAACUUUAUUGACACCCUCACCAACUUUACUGACACCCUCACCAACUUUACUGACACCCACAGCAACUUAACUGACACCCUCAGCAACUUUAUUGACACCCUCAGCAACUUUACUGACACCCUCACCAACUUUACUGACACCCACAGCAACUUAACUGACACCCUCACCAACUUUACUGACACCCUCACCAACUUUACUGACACCCACAGCAACUUAACUGACACCCUCAGCAACUUUAUUGACACCCUCAGCAACUUUAUUGACACCCUCAGCAACUUAACUGACACCCUCACCAACUUUACUGACACCCUCACCAACUUUACUGACACCCUCACCAACUUUACUGACACCCACAGCAACUUUAUUGACACCCUCAGCAACUUUACUGACACCCUCACCAACUUUACUGACACCCACAGCAACUUAACUGACACCCUCACCAACUUUACUGACACCCUCACCAACUUUACUGACACCCUCACCAACUUUACUGACACCCACAGCAACUUAACUGACACCCUCAGCAACUUUAUUGACACCCUCAGCAACUUUAUUGACACCCUCAGCAACUUAACUGACACCCUCACCAACUUUACUGACACGCUCACCAACUUUACUGACACCCUCACCAACUUUACUGACACCCACAGCAACUUUAUUGACACCCUCAGCAACUUUACUGACACCCUCACCAACUUUACUGACACCCACAGCAACUUAACUGACACCCUCACCAACUUUACUGACACCCUCACCAACUUUACUGACACCCUCACCAACUUUACUGACACCCUCAGCAACUUAACUGACACCCUCACCAACUUUACUGACACCCUCAGCAACUUUAUUGACACCCUCAGCAACUUUACUGACACCCUCACCAACUUUACUGACACCCUCACCAACUUUACUGACACCCUCAGCAACUUUAUUGACACCCUCAGCAACUUUACUGACACCCUCACCAACUUUACUGACACCCACAGCAACUUAACUGACACCCUCAGCAACUUUACUGACACCCUCACCAACUUUACUGACACCCUCACCAACUUUAUUGACACCCUCAGCAACUUUAUUGACACCCUCAGCAACUUUAUUGACACCCUCACCAACUUUACUGACACCCUCACCAACUUUAUUGACACCCUCAGCAACUUUAUUGACACCCUCAGCAACUUAACUGACACCCUCAGCAACUUUAUUGACACCCUCACCAACUUUACUGACACCCUCACCAACUUUAUUGACACCCUCAGCAACUUUAUUGACACCCUCAGCAACUUAACUGACACGCUCACCAACUUUACUGACACCCUCACCAACUUUACUGACACCCUCACCAACUUUACUGACACCCACAGCAACUUUAUUGACACCCUCAGCAACUUUACUGACACCCUCACCAACUUUACUGACACCCACAGCAACUUAACUGACACCCUCACCAACUUUACUGACACCCUCACCAACUUUACUGACACCCUCACCAACUUUACUGACACCCUCACCAACUUUACUGACACCCUCAGCAACUUAACUGACACCCUCAGCAACUUUAUUGACACCCUCAGCAACUUUAUUGACACCCUCUACAACUUUACUGACACCCUCAGACUACUUGCAGCACCGUUUUCUGUAGCUAUAGGACCACCAGCUGUAGCUAUAGGACCACCAGCUGUAGCUAUAGGACCACCAGCUGUAGCUAUGGAACCACCAGCUGUAGCUAUAGGACCACCAGCUGUAGCUAUAGGACCACCAGCUGUAGCUAUAGGACCACCAGCUGUAGCUAUAGGACCACCAGCUGUAGCUAUAGGACCACCAGCUAUAGGACCACCAGCUGUAGCUAUAGGACCACCAGCUAAAGGACCACCAGCUGUAGCUAUAGGACCACCAGCUAAAGGACCACCAGCUGUAGCUAUAGGACCACCAGCUAAAGGACCACCAGCUGUACCUAUAGGACCACCAGCUGUAGCUAUAGGACCACCAGCUGUAGCUAUAGGACCACCAGCUAAAGGACCACCAGCUGUAGCUAUAGGACCACCAGCUGAACGACCACCAGCUAAAGGACCACCAGCUGUAGCUAUAGGACCACCAGCUGUAGCUAUAGGACCACCAGCUGUAGCUAUAGGACCACCAGCUGUAGCUAUAGGACCACCAGCUGUACCUAUAGGACCACCAGCUGUAGCUAUAGGACCACCAGCUGUAGCUAUAGGACCACCAGCUGUAGCUAUAAGACAAUCGUGA